AUGACCCAAUACCAUGGCGCGACGAACGCCAUAUUCAAGUCUCUGUGGCAACGGACGCAUCCUCUUCGGGAUGGGGGGCUACGAUUAUUUUUCCAAAUCACCGUCAGAUUUUUGAUUAUUGGUCACGGGAAGAGUACACAUGGGACAUUGCAGGUUGAUAAUCAAGCCGUUAUUCACGCAUGGACCAACCAGGGUGGAAGGAGUGCUCAGCUAAAUAAUGCUAUGAAGGUGUUAUUCUCAACCACUGCUGCCCUGAAUGUCCUGUUGCGUCCUUUUUAUGUCCGAUCUGCGGAUAAUCCAGCAGAUGGUCCCUCUCGACACAGAUCCUCUUCGGAUUACUGCCUUACAGGUAGUAUGUGGCAGAAGGUUCAGCGAAAGUUUGGAGGCUCUACGGGGCACACGUUUGACCUGAUGUCGUUAGAUUCCAACGUACAGAAGGACUUGUCUGGAAAUAGUCUGCCUCACUUCACUCCGGUCUCUUCUCCAGGGUCUGCGGGUGUUAACUUCUUUGCUCAGGAUCUAACAGCUUUUGGGUCUCUCAGGCAAUGCCCAUAUGUUUUUCCACCUCCGGUCUUGGUCGGUCCAGUCCUACGCUAUCUACGGAGAAUGAAACAAGCAUGCACAAUCGCGGUCCUGGACAGUUACCCUAAAAAAUAUUGGUGGCCUUUAUUACAUGGUCAUGCAAACAAAGCAGUAAAAAUGGCUUCUACAGGGGAUGACCAUGUACUUCUUGUACCUUCGAAUCAGGGUUGGAUCCCAUGCCCAGGCGGAAUCCCGGGAGACCUUUGGGUGUUCUCGGUUAUUUUUUAGGCAUAUUUUAUUGAACUUAGAUUGAUUUUCGUAGGAAUCCUUUUUCUCGAGUGUACCACUAAAACCUUUCUUUUAUAUUCUCCGUUGUUUAGGAACUCCCUUUGGUGGCAAAACUAUUCGUACCAUCUGUUCGCUGUCCUGUUUGUAGCCGUGCCAAUGAUAGUGACUUCAGGUUUUGCCAGCACUGUGGCUACAAGAGAAAGAUUUUUUCCUUAGUAAAGAAGAGUGACACUUUAAAACUUGAUCUUGAUUCUAUAGAUAAACGAUUGCAACAAUUAUUGAACUUUGAUCAGGCCACCAGUUACUCGAGACAAAAGGAUUCUCUACAGAAGGAAUUAGAAGCCUUUUUAUCAGCCCUACCAGGAAAAGUGUCUUUAGCUACUGUCUCUCCCCGGGAUAUAUGCCGUUUUCUCACUUGUAAGGAUAAGGAUGAUCGAACGCAGAUCCACCACAAUGGGUGUAAAUUUGUUGGGCAACGGGGUAAACAAACUUGUGGUUGUCCUCUUCGAUUAUCUUAUAAAACCGUGGAUUCAUAUAUUGGAAAGCUAAGAUCUAUUUUUCAUGCCAUUGGGAGGGAUGGUGAAUGGGAUAAAAGGCUGGGACUAGGCAAUCCCGCAGCAGAUAAGUCCGUAAAGGACUAUCUUCGUGUGGUGACUGCGGAGCAAUUAAGGGCAAGGGUAACCCCUAAGCAGGCGACGCCUUUCUUUGUUGACAAACUUACCCAGCUUUCCCUUUUCUUGGAAAGGCGCCUGGCACAAUCCACUAAUAAGCCGUUACAAUGUUUCAUUAUCGCUCGGGACCAGGCGUACUUCAAAACCGCUUUCUUCAGUGGUGAUCGCCCCGGUGACCGGGGCCAAGUUAAGGUGGUUGAAAUUUUGCGCUUUCCCAAUGAUGAUGGGUUUUUAUUCAAUCACGUGUGGGGGAAGACCCUAAGGGAUGGUGACCAACAUGUUUUUGGAAUUAGAAGAAAUCCACAAUCCGAUAUUUGUCCCAUUAGAGGUAUUGAACACUAUGUUGAUAUUACUCGGGGAAUGCAGGUUGACCUUACCCGCGGUUACUUAUUCCGCCCAACAACACCUGAUGGUGGAAUAUUAGAUGCCCCCCUUACUUCAGCUACUGCGGAGGCCCAACUUAAAUUAUAUUUAAAUGAAAUGGGCGAGAAUGACGGAGAAACAUUGCAUGGGUUUAGAUCAGGGUGCGCCAUAACCUUAGCGCUGUCAGGGGCAGAAUUAACAGAAAUAAUGGAUCAUGUUGGUUGGAACCGUAGUCACACUGCGUUGCAUUACCUACAGCUAGCGAAAGUGCUGAACCCUUCUGGGGCUUCUGCUAAACUAGCCUCCAGCGAAGUGAUGAAUGUUAAUAAUACAUGGACGGACAUGAAUGAACUGAAGCGCUUCCUUUGCGCUUUUCCAUCUGUUAGCCCACAGAAGAGACCUUUAUCAGACUGA